GAGGGUCGGGGGGCCAGGAUCGGGCCCACGGGGGGGGCGGCGGCGACAGGCAGCCGGCGUGGGACGUGACCUUUGGAAUGGAGGCCGCGAGCCGCCGGGCGCUCGGCGUGUGCGAGAGGCUGUCGGCGAGCAACGGCAGGGCAGGCUGAGCGCCGCGGGCAGCCCCUCGCCCCAGGCCCUCGGGGCGCUGGCCUUGCCCGGACCCUCCGCCAUGUUCCUGCUGCUCCCCUUUGACAGCCUGGUGGCUAACCUGCUCGGCAUCUCCCUUACCGUCCUCUUCACGCUGCUCCUCGUCUUCAUCAUCGUGCCCGCCAUUUUCGGGGUCUCCUUUGGCAUCCGCAGGCUGUACAUGAAAACACUUUUGAAGAUCUUCCAGUGGGCAACACUACGGAUAGAGCGCGGCGCCAAGGAGAAGAACCACCCCGUGUACAAGCCCUACGCCAAUGGCAUCAUUGCAAAGGAGCCCAUGUCCCUGGAGGAAGAGAUCAAGGAGAUCCGCCGCAGCGGGAGCAGCAAGGCCUUGGAUGCACCCGAGUUCGAGCUCUCCGACAUCUUCUACUUCUGCCGCAAGGGUAUCGAGACCAUCAUGGACGACGAGGUGACCAAAAGGUUCUCGGCCGAGGAGCUGGAGUCCUGGAACCUGCUCAGCCGAACCAACUACAACUUCCAAUACAUCAGCUUGCGCCUCACCGUGCUGUGGGGACUGGGUGUGCUCAUCCGCUACUGUUUCCUGCUGCCGCUCAGGAUAGCCCUGGCCUUUACUGGCGUCAGCCUGCUGGUGAUCGGCACCUCAGUGGUGGGACUGCUGCCCAACGGAUGGUGCAAGGAGUUCCUGAGCAAGCACGUUCACCUGAUGUGCUACCGGAUCUGCGUGCGUGCCCUCACCGCCAUCAUCACCUACCAUGACCAGGAGAACAGGCCACGGAACGGAGGCAUCUGCGUGGCCAACCACACCUCCCCGAUCGAUGUAAUCAUCCUGGCCAGUGAUGGCUACUAUGCUAUGGUGGGCCAGAUCCACGGAGGGCUCAUGGGUGUGAUCCAGCGGGCCGUGGUGAAGGCCUGUCCCCACGUCUGGUUUGAACGCUCGGAGGUCAAGGAUCGCCACCUGGUGGCUAAAAGGCUGACGGAGCACGUCCAAGACAAGAGCAAGCUGCCCAUCCUCAUCUUUCCAGAAGGGACCUGCAUCAACAACACGUCUGUAAUGAUGUUCAAGAAAGGAAGCUUUGAAAUAGGAGCCACCGUGUACCCUGUCGCCAUCAAGUAUGACCCGCAGUUUGGAGAUGCCUUCUGGAACAGCAGCAAGUACGGGAUGGUGACCUACUUGCUGAGGAUGAUGACCAGCUGGGCCAUCGUCUGCAGCGUCUGGUACCUUCCCCCCAUGACCCGGCAGCCCAACGAGGACGCCGUCCAGUUUGCCAACCGGGUGAAGUCGGCCAUUGCCAGGCAAGGAGGCCUGGUGGAUCUGCUCUGGGACGGGGGCCUCAAAAGGGAGAAGGUGAAGGACGCCUUCAGGGAGGAGCAGCAGAAGCUGUACAGCAAGAUGAUUGCGGGCAGCCACGAGGACCGGAGCCGCUCCUGAGCCCCGCGGGCCGGGCCGGGCCCUGCCGUCGGACUCUGGGCGCUGCG